UUCCAAACCGCAUGCUGUCAGUUUGUUUUGAUUUUGUGCUUCGUUAGAUUUAUGGCUCGUGAACGGCCUGCUUAAAAUCGCUGAGGUUUUCAUGUAAAUUCAACUAAGAGUGAAGGUAUCAUUAUUCAGAGUCUAUCUUGGAGUGUAACAGUGCCUAUCGCGAGUGGAAAAACGUGCAGAAGGAAUCAUGCCAACGAUCAUUGCGAUUGAUGUUUCGCUGUCGAUGACGCGGCCAAUACCGGUGGCUGGGUCCAACACGGAAGAUGGGUUGACUUAUCAUCAUUUGGCCGUGCAGGGAGUUAACAACAUACUGGAUUAUUUGGCCAAGCAUUCGCGGUUGGAAUUCGUUUCUCUGAUCGUUUACUCCUCACAGUACGAGGUAAUCGUCGAUUUCACCCGGGACUACGAAUCAAUACGGCAGGCACUGCACAAGAUCGAUCACUACGACAAAACCAGUCUGGAGAAUGUCCUGGUGGCUGUGAACAAUAUGUUCAAGACGCACUGGGGUAGCCAGAACUACUGCCAGAUAAUCUUCAUCACCGAUUGCGGUGUCGGAAUGGGACCAAGUUCGCUUAAGAACACCAUCAUCAAUUUGCAGAACUACAAAGCCCAAAGCAGUGGCACUGGCAGUAGUGCGGGUGCUGGGACAGCAAAGGUUCCACUGUCCGACAAUCAGUGGGUAGGAUUUUCUUACCCUAGCAAGCUGACUUUUAUGUGCCUCGGCAACCUUGCUGAUUCGGCGUUUAAGUUCGGCACGAAACUGUAUCAGCAGCUCCUGGACGUAAGUGGCCAAAACGGCCAGAUAUUCAUUCCCAAAUUGAAAAGUCUUUCGAUCGAGGACCCCAUUGGGGACGACAAUGACGAAUUCAGCAAACAGCUCAACCGUAAAUGUAUUCAGGAAAUGUUCGAGAACAUGUGCGAGCAGAACUACAAACAAUUCGAAGCAACUCUUCGGUGUGGCGGGUACUUCCGUUUGGAAGGAGCGAUCAUCAUUUGGCCGGCUCCCUUGCCCUACACAUCCAAGGACCUUUUCGGAGCGGAAACAACAAAAAUCAUCUCUCGAAAGUUGGAACUUUGUGGAUUUAUUAGCUUAUCGGAUAUAGGAUCUCCCAUGUCGAUUAGUCGACACCUCAUAUUGCCCCGUUGCAAUGCAGACAAACGUCUAUCGGCGAAAGAUGGCAACUUGAACACGGAGGAAAAAUUGGAGAGUGACAUCAAAGGAUUCUAUGCCAAGCCUGACGGCAGCGGAGGCGGUGGCGGUGACAACGAUGACGACGGAUCCACCGGAGCGGAUUCAACUCGAGAAUCUGUGUGUGUUUUGUUGCAUGGUGCCUUAAAAGUGGAGAACAUGGCUGCUCUCGUAUUGCUCAAUGAUAAUUGGUAUGGAUUUAUUUACUCCUACGCUGACAGCAAAAAGAAAUCCAACCUUAUGUUGAACGUUCUUCCUCCGGGAAACGACGUGGUACCGUGGUUGGGAGAUUUCCGUAAUUUCGGUAUCCUAGAUGAUGCUUUUGCGGGCGAAAAUCCCAGCUUCCCGAUCAAGGCAGAGAAAAGAAGCUACUCGCAAAACAUUGUGGUCUGGAUUCGACAGGCUGGAUUGCAGUCGGACAUACAAAAGGUUCUACGACACGCGAAGAAGCUACCGGAGAAGACGCAACAUUUCUACAAGGAGCUAAAUCGGAUCCGACGAGCGGCGUUAUCUCUCGGGUUUGUAGAGUUGCUGGAAGGGUUGGCGCAUAUAUUCGAACGGGAAGCUGCAACCUUAGGCGGCAGUGCCAGUCCCGAUAGUGGCAUUCAGUUGAAGCACGCGGCCAAUGAGCUAAGGAAGCCUUGCAACAGAGAUCUGAAAGCGGUCAUCCAAGCCCUGCCAACAAAAUAUAAUCAGAUUGCUUAAUUGAUGAAUGAAUUAUAAAGUGCCCAAACAGAUAA